CUUACUGCAAAGCCCGUGAGGGAAAUCGCCGCUCAGGAGCUGCCCCCACAACCUGCCAUUUUUACAAGGAGCUGGAUGCCAUACUUGGGUGUGACCCCACUGCCAAUCCUAGGAGCACGAUGGAGAGUUCAGAGCAGGGAGAAGUGGGGGAGGAUGUAGAGGAAGCCGAGAGUGAGGCUACUGGGGUGGAGGGAGACACCCCAGAGUCCCAGGAGGCAUGCAGCCAGGAGCUCUUCUCAAGCCAGGAGGAGGCUAGCCAGUCGCAGCAGCGGGAAGUUGCUGGUGAAGAAGCAGAGGAAUGUGCUCGGGUGACCUUGACUAAUGCAGCCGGAUCACCGGCCUCACGUCGGUUGCAGAACUUGAGAAAAAAUCUGCGAAAAUCAAAAGAAGAAUUGAUCAAAGCAGUUAUGAAUCACUACAACAGAGAAAGUAGGAAGACGCAGGAAUGGAGAGAGAAAAUGUAUGAGUGGAGGCAAACACAAAGCAGGAGAAAGGAAUUGGCUACCAAAAAAACCUCAAAGCACAUGAUAAGCCUCCUGGCUCGCCAAACUGACUCUUUCGAGUCUCUCGUAGCCAUGCAGGCAGAUCUGUACCGUGGUAACCCACAACCCUCCCAAAGCUCUCUUUCUUGUUCCCCAGUAUUUGCACAAAACACCUUUCUCCAGCAGCCAGUUUCUUAUUACCCCCAGCUGCCCCCAACACCUGUACGAUCACCUACCAGCCCUGAUAACUACAAUCCUUACCCUGUGCACUCCACCCCCAUUACUCUGCAGCAUAGUAAUCCUGAAGUGCAGCAGACAUUGAACAGCAAUCCAAACAGGACAUAUUCAAACCUGUGAAUGUACAGUCCACCACCCUA